AUGAAUAUCAGAUAAUUAGAUAAUAUUGUUUCUUGGUUACUGUAAAAAUUUAAAUAUGCUCCUUACAAAUGGAAUGAACAACAUGUGCAUAAUUUUAUAGAAUCUGUUGGAUUAACUUGGGCAAUUCCAAUUGUCACAGUAAAUCAACAAUAAUUGAUAUUAGAUCCAAACAAUUCCAAAAUAAAGAUCAUAGAAUUACUAAUAAGAAGUUAUAUAAGAUGGAUAAAAGUUAUAAAUUCCAUUACUUGAUAUUUGUACAAAAUAAUAUGAACAGAUUUUUUAAAUAUGUAAUUCCUAAGGUGUAUUUAAAGUGAUUAGUCAUUCAAUAGAUAUAAAUCUUUAUUAUUAGAUUUAAAAGUUGAAGAUUUGGUCACUUAUUUUAUUAAAAUAUCAAAAUUAUAGAGAAAUUUUGAAAAAACAAUAUGGAUCAAAAUUAUUCUUCUAAUAGAAAUGUAAAAACUGUUCUGCAGAAAUAAGUUGUUCUUGUUCAGUUUUAUCUAAUAUCAUAUAUGAAAUAGAAAUUUAUAUAAAGAGUAUUUAUGAAUUGCCAAAUCAUCAGAAUAAUAAAAGAAGAUAUUCUAUGUUUAUAAGUUCUGAUAUCAUUAAUUUACUAAUUAAAUCGAUAUCUCACCUACCUUAAAUUGAUUAAUCACCUUUAUUUUGGGAUAUGGAUGAUAUAAAAGUCUUAUUAUAUGUGAUUAAAUUUUAAGAUUAUUAUUAAUUGCUCUAUCAGAAUUAGAUUGAUGGAUUCGUUUUGCUAUUAUUAGUGAAUCCUCCUUUCUAAGGUGAUAAUCAAUUUCUUAAAUCAUUAUUAUUAAAUUAAGAUUUUACUCAAAAGACAUAUAAUGAUUUAGUUAGUAAUAGAUAAACUAUGGUAAAAAAUAAUAUGUAAACUGUUAGUAAAUAUCACCAAAUUAAUUAAUUAGCUCAUCUUUUACAUUAUUUAUUGUAAAUUUUGAGUUUUACAGUUUAUAAAAAUUAAGAAUUUUAUAAUGAAUAUAAAAAUCUUGGAUAAAGAAAAGUAAGUGAAAUACAAUGGUUAUCAUUAUAUUAUUUUCCAAAAACUUCAAAAAUAUUAUAAUUAAAUAGAAAUUUAUCUGAUAUUUUUGAAUAAGAUAUAUUACCAAAGUCAUUUGAUAAAUUUUAAUUAGAAUUAAAGGAGAGACAUAAAACAGAAAUGAUAAACCCUAAAGAUAUGUAAAUUAAAUUGACUGAGGAAAGUAUAGAUUCAAAUUUCAAGAAAUAGUUUAGUCAUCCUAAUGUAACUUAAUUUACAAAUUAUUCAAUUUAAUUAUAAAAUAAUAAAUAAUUGACCUAAUUUAAGGAUUAUAAUAUAUAAUAAGGUAUUAUAACAGAUGAAAUUAAUAAAGAUAUAAGAGAGUUAAUUUUGAUGUAAUUUUAGAAAUAUUUUAAUUAGAUAAGAUUAUAUUGAUGAAUAAGAUAGAGAUUUAAAAUACAUAGAGACUAAAGUUUAAAUUGAAGAGGAUAUAGAUUUGAAUGGAAAUGUUAAUUUAUCUUAGGAAGAAUAAAUUUAGGAAUUACCGAAUUAACAAAAUUAGGAAGAGUUUGAAAAUAAAUAAUUGUAAGAGUCUGUUUUUAUGAUGAAAUCAGUUUUAUUGUAAUAGUAUUCUGCUUUAACUUAAUAAUAAUAAAAAUAGCAAUUAAAUUAAAUGUAAGAAUCAGUACUUUUGGAAUAGUCUACUUUUUUAUAAUCAUCAAUAAUACUACAAUUACCUGAACUAUUAUAGCAUUCAUAAGUUUUAGAUAAGUCUAUUCAAAUAAAUUAAAUAAUUGAAGAAUGUGAUCAUAAAAGAGUAGAGUACUUAUAGUACUAUAAAUAUUUUAGAUUUAAUAACCUAAAUCGUUCAAAGAAUAAAUUUUAUCAAGAAUUUAGAAACUAAGUUUAGUUCCAAUUUUUGAUCCAUUUUAAUUGUUUUAAUCAACUCAUUUAAAAGUAAAAUGCGAUGAAUAAUAAAAAGUAUAAAAAAAAAUAAUAUCAUAUUCUUAUAGCUUAAAAUAAUAAAUAUCUAAGGUGCUUAUUUUGGUAGAAGUGAUGAAUGCACUUUUGCUUUUACAGAUCAUUCCAAAAUUAGUAGCAAACAUUGUUAAAUAUUUUAUAAAGAAAGUAUAUAAAUUUAAAAAUAGAAAAGAAGCCUUUUAUUUAAUAGAUAUAGGAUCAAAAGGUGGAACCUUUAUAAAAAUAAAUAAUAGUUUUGUGAUUGAAAAAGAUAUGUCAUUUUAUAUAGGAAAUAGAUUUGCAUUUAAAAUAAUGGAUAUAAAUACAGAUACAGGUUUUUUAGAAGUUCGAUAUGAACAUGAAGGAAAAGCAAAACACAAAUUAAUAUAAUUAAAAAAAGGAGAUAAAUUUUUAAUAGGAAGAGAAAGAUCAAAAAAUAAUUUUACUUUUAUGCAUUCUUAGUUUAAUUAUAAUUUAAUUUAUUAGAUGCAAUAAAUUAAUGAGUGCAAGACAUUUAGAAAUUAAUUAUGA